GGAAUAUCCACUCGGGAAGGUUACGAUACUGUCGUCACUACGCAAAAUGGCGGUAGAUUCAGCCUUGCGGUAGAUAUGUAACUAGUAAAUACUUAAAAUUGGCGUGUUAGUGGCCAAAAAAAAUGUUCUCAUUAUCGACAGACGUUAAAAGAAUACAACUGAAACCAUGUGAACCAACUAAAGUAGAUAAAAAAGUGAAAAAGAGACCCAAAACACACAGGUUUGUGCUUUCACUUGGAGAGUCUAACUCUAAAACAUGUCCAGAAUAUUCAUUUGCGGACCUUGUAAAAAAUGAACGGCAGAAAAGUAGUCAAUCGUCAGAUCCAUUUGGAGACCAAGAUGAGGAGUUGGAAGUGGCCUCCAUUGCUCAAAGAUUUGAAGCGAAAUAUGGCUCAAAAGCAAUGCAGUCUGGGAAAAGGAAGAGGACGACUGACAUGGAUGACUACUUCGACCUCGGAGAUGGUUACGACACAGACGACCCUUUCAUUGACAACUCUGAAGCGUACGAUGAAGUGGUGCCAUCCACCCUGACGACGCAGUACGGAGGUUUCUACAUCAACAUGGGCAAGCUGGACUUCAAGUCGGUCUUUGAUGACUCCUUAGAUAAAGAUGAUUUCGCCAGCCCACAGGGGAUGAAAAAGAAGAAGAAAAAACAACCUUUGGAUUCUGAGAGUGAAGAGGAAACUGGGGAGACGAUCGCCAAAAAGUUCAAAGCCAUGAAGGAAUAAAAAUGUCGGGGACCGGCAAAAGACGGCUGCUCCUGUUCCCGUUCCCGUUCCCGUGACGACCGCCGCUGCGAGCACCCCCAGCGCCCCGAUGUCUGUGACGACUACCUCUAGCACAGCAACGGCGACGGCUGCGGCGGUGGUGAAUUCGACGGCUGUGGUGGCCACCACGGCCCCAGCGACGCCCGUUUCCACGGUGACCAGCAACUCCUCGGCAGUGGCUUCCUCGGCUGUGGUCAGCAGCACGACCACCGCAACAGCAGCUGUUGUAGACGUGCCCCCGCCACCCGUCAAGUGCAGUCUUACCGACAAUUUGAAGGAUGCAUUUGAAUCAAUUUUGCAAGAUUCCAUGAAGGAAGACUCUUCGAGCCGAUCGGGAACUGAGGAGACACCGAACAAGGGAGAUCAAAACCUAUCUGCGAAAAGCACCCAGCUGCCCUCUCAGUUGCCCUCGACAUUGCUGGAAGCUAUUGAUAGAAUUAAGAAGGAAGCAAAGGAGAGUAAAGAAGGGAAAUCAAAGUUUUUCUCAGCUGAAGUAAACAGGCUUCUUCUUGAAAUUGAGCUCGGGUCCCGUAACUUGCCGGGCACCAGCCGGACCACCAUUUUCAACCACCUGGGCGAGCACCUGCCUUGCGGGAAGCAGGCGAUCCAACGGCGGGCCAAGAAGCUGAGGGAGAGUCAGCAGGAGGACCAGCUUAAGGGACCCACGCAGAAGCUCAAGGACGCCAUUCUAAACGUGAUGCCAGCUCAAGUGGAAGCACACGAAGCAGAGGUGGCCAAAGCAAAGCUCGAGGCGGGAGAAGACGGGAACGAGGCAGCUAAAGACGAGGCCUCCACGGAGAGUGAGGGGGAAGACAAAGCAGUUGACGUAAAAAAGAAGUCGAAGCUUCCUCGGAGAAAGUUCCGGUGGACUCCCGAAAUAAAAGAGCUGCUGCUGAAUGUGGUCUCCACGAAGAUGAAGCUGUUCAACACGUGCCGGUCGAGGAAUGAGACCGCAGAGGACUACCUGAAGACCUACCUGGACAAAGAGAUCAAACCAAUAUGGCCGCAAGGCUGGAUGCAGACACGGAUGCUCUUCAAAGAAAGUAAGGCGGUUCAUGAGGAGUUCACAAAAGCCGGGGCGAAGAAGCCAGCCAUGUCCAUGAGAAAGCUGGCGUCUCCUGCCCCUGAAGUGACAGCGACCCCGUCGAACGCAGAGACUCCUCGCACGCACGUCACAAAAACAGAGGACGUCAUCGAGAUCUCCAGCUCCACUGAGAACCACGCGGAACAUAUCAGCGACGUGGUGAUCAACUUGCCGAAUUCAGAGCCGAAGACAGCUUUACCGCUUUCUUCAGGGGCCGUAGGGGGGACCCUUGCCAACUCUAAACUCCUGGACGUGGCGCUGUUGUCCGCUGCUGGGAGUCGGUCGGGGAAAUCGGGUGGGGCGAAAGCGCCGUCUGCCCUACUGCCUUCUCACCUGGCCGUGUCGCAGUCCCAGAAAACGAGCGGUCUGUCCGUGAAGCCUGGCGAUAGUGCGGGAGCGAAGAAGCUGCUCUCUCCUUCUGUGUCUGUCAUAGAGAUCCCCGACUCCCCGGACAGCAAAACGCCCACGUUGUGUCUCCCGAGCGCAGGCUCCUCCACCAAAGUCUCGUCGAGCACCAUGCCAGGGAUGGCCUACACCCCUCAGAGCUCCGGAUCCAAUAUGGGCGGCGUGUCGUCUAGCUCGCCACGCUCGAAUGAAAGGUCCUUCAUGGCCGCCUUCAAUGACUUCAUCACGUACCCGACCAAGUCCUCCCAUCUUCCCUCGUCCUCUGGCAAGAACAGCACAGCUGCUGGUUCGUCGUCAGCACCGGUGCAGCAGCAGCAGCAGCAACAGAGUCCAGGGCAGCAUCAGCAGCAUUUGCAGCAACUUUCGAGCAGUCUGCAGGCAAAGUCAUCUCAGCAACAGAAGUCCUCUCAGCUGCAGAAGUUGUCUUUAUCUUCGCAGCAACACCCGAAAGUCUCCACCCUGCAGCACAAAUCGGGCAACGCCACACAGCACCAGAAGUUAUCUCAGGACUCGAAAAUGGCCAGCGUUUCUCUAAAGGCAGCAAUUUCCCCAACGGUUGUGAAUCGAGAACACCCGAACUCGUCGUGGGCGAAUGUGAAUUCUAUUUUCCCCAAAGAGAAAUCCAUAAGUCCCGUUGUUGCUAUCAGCCGCAUUCCGGCUACGUUUUCCAACAAACUGUCUGUCAGCGCUGCUGGAAAGAGCAGUUUCUCAUCUCCACACAGUACCUCUCUCCCCCCACAAUCCUCCCAACAGAAAACUAAGGCAUCUUUUUCUUCCAGCAAGACCGUGCAAAACCAAAUGUACAAAAGACAGUUCCCCGCUGGUCUGUUCCCCUCUUCGCAUUCUAAUUUAUCGGACAAAUCGGCCCCUCAGACCGUCGGCAAAUUUAGUGCCGGCGAUCAGAGCAAGCGACUCGGAGGAGGAAUGGCAAGUCCCAACAGUAACCCUUCCCUGGUGUCUGUCGGGACCGCUCCGAGGAGCAUGCAGAAAGCAACAGUCCUCGGCACGUCCAUGCCAGACUUCCUGCAAAAGCAGCAGAGGCUGGGGUUGGCCGGUUCCUCCGCUUUACCACCGUCUUCAUCUUCAUCACAGUUGAGCAUUCAGACAUCACCAUCAUCGUCAUCGGCAAAGAACUCUGCUGGGUACCCCGCGCUCCCUCGCGGCAAUAUGGCCGCGGCCGCUGACUUCAUGAAGCAGCCGUCGCCACCAGGCAGGCCCGUGGUGGGCUCGUCGCUGUCUGCGGGCGCCGGCGGGAUGCUUUCCUCCUCCUCUGGCAGCUCGGGUUUGUUGCGCGCGGGAAGCGGCCCCUCGGCUGCCGCUCGUAUUCCUGGGGCCGCCGUACCCGCCGCCUCCUCCUCCACCUCCAGGGGCGACACGCCGUCCCCUCAAAAGUCGCCAGUGUCCCCCGGCAACGCGGCUCUGUCGCUGUAUGAACAGAUCCAGUCGCAGAUCCGGAACCAGGAGGCCAUGGAAGGGCAGGCCUUGAAAAACCUGGCCAUGGCGCUUACGUUUGGGGGUGCGGCCGGCCCUCUUCCUGGGAAGUCUGGUACAGGGGCAGCUCCCAAGCCACAAACAGGUAAACGCUGACAAGUCGAGGAAAGAGUCGUGCCGAGCUCCACUGAUGGUAUUGUUUUAUCGUGAUGUCGGGACGGACAGUCUGGGCAGACCAGGGUGCCGUGACUGUGUGGAGGAUACCUUUGACCUGUCUCUCCAAGUUUUCAUCUGUACAAGAAUUUACAGACAUGUCUAGACCUCUGCUUCCAUUUAUUCGUUGUGAGAUAAAGAUGAUGUUUCAACCAGAUCUGAUUAAGUCGAAGUCAAAGACAUUUCUUCUAGGUCUUUUUAAAAUUCCAUGAAAUAUUAUUUCCUGUAAGUUUUACGAUUUUUAUGUCCAAAAA